CAUCUCUCAACAAAGAGUCCUUACUCGAGGAUGUAUGUAAUCGGACGCAGACGAGACGGAAAGAAGAGCCCAGAAAGGCAAUGCCGAAUGCCAGUCCAUGAGAUAAUAUCUUGGCCCCCAGACGAGACCCCGACUCAACAAGUUGCGGCUCAGGUGCCAGCAAUUUCUCAAUGGGGUCUAGUAAAGCCUUUCGCCAAAAAGUUGAGGAGCUGUCUGUCUUUCCUUGGAUUCCUCUACAAGAGUCCCUUUAACCACACCUACCAUCGGCCUAGAUAUCUAUUCAUCUGGCUGUCUCAUCUGUCUGUGUGUACUGCCGCCCACCUAUAUAAUCCGCCGUCCUUCCAAUUCUCACCCCUCUCGGCUGCAUGUCCACACGCCCAUGAUGCGCCUCCUAGGUCCUCUCUCCCGAACACUUCUCCCACGUGCCACCACCUCCGCCACGACAACAACUCCGUGGAUCUGCAAAAGAUGCAUAUCGUCGACGAUUCCGCGACGGUUUCCGAGCACCGUUCUACAAACCAGCUCUAGAACGAAGAGCCGGCGGAGAGCGAUUCUGUUGGCGGUUGUGGGCACGGGAGUGGUGGGUGCCUCUGCGGUGGGAUGGAUGGAUGGGAAGCACUACUUGAAUGCUACGGAAAGAGCGUUACGAGUGGCUAAAACGCUAUUUCUCAACAUACAAGAUUACCGGUCGACGUUGAAGCUCCUCGAGGAUGAUCCGGCGGAUACGAACGGACUACUAUCGGCGUGUCAUAUACGGUGUGCGAAAAGAACGUACGUCGUGCUCGAGAAGAACGGGAGUGUUUUCGUCAAGCUUGGACAGCAUCUAGCGGCAAUGGGAUAUCUUCUGCCGGAGGAAUGGACGACUAUGUUUAUCCCGCUGCAGGAUCGCUGCCCUGUCAGCAGCAUGGAGAGCAUCCGGAAGAUGAUCUUGGACGACACUGGGCAGACGGUUGAGGAGCUGUUUGAGACCUUUGAUCCGGUGCCCCUUGGAGCUGCGUCGUUGGCGCAGGUGCACCGGGCGACGGUAAAGGGCGGGAGAGAGGUCGCUGUAAAGCUGCAGCACCCUGCGCUCGCUGAAUGGAUCCCGCUCGAUAUGGCAUUGACGAAAUUUACCUUCACAAACAUCAAAUACUUCUUCCCCGAAUACCCGUUGACCUGGUUGAGCGAUGAGAUGGAAGCUUCUUUACCCCAGGAGCUUGACUUCUCGCUCGAGGCCGAGAACAUCAAACGGGUACGAGAAUACUUUGGUCGUGUGGCGCCGGAUCUUCCCUUGGUUGUUCCCGAUGUCCUCUGGGCGAGGCCUCGGCUCCUGGUGAUGGAGUACAUCCCCGGCAAACGUCUCGACGACCUCGAGUACCUCGACAAGAACAACAUCUGCCGAGACGAAGUCUCUGCUUCUCUCGCGCGGAUAUUCAACGAGAUGAUCUUCGGCAGCGGCGCACCUCUUCAUUGCGACCCUCACGGAGGAAACCUUGCGAUCCGCGUUAACAACGACCGUCGUAAGCCGACCAACUUUGACAUCAUCCUUUACGACCACGGACUGUACCGGGACAUCCCACAGGACCUCAGACGGAGCUAUGCAAAGCUGUGGUUGGCGGUGAUUGACUCGGAUGUGCCCAAGAUGAAGCGGUAUGCGGAGGAGGUCGCGGGUGUCACCGAGGAACAGUUUCCAUUGUUUGCCAGUGCCAUCACCGGGAGGGAUUAUAUUGCUCUGACUAAGGGAGUGGCGACGCAAAGGGACGAGGACGAGAAGAAGGUUAUCACCGAAGCUCUGACCGACGGCCUCCUCGCCCAACUCGUCCAGCUUCUCGCCAAUGUCCCCAGCGUGAUCCUACUGAUUCUCAAAACCAACGACCUAACCCGCUCCCUAGACGAGAACCUGCAGACCGGCAAGGGCCCCGAGCGAACAUUCUUGAUCAUGGCACGGUACUGCGCGCGCGCCGUCUACGAGGAGACACUCGAGGGCAUCAAUGCCCACGGUGGAAUCCUUGGCAAUGGCAACCUCAUCCGCUGGAUUGGUGCGGUAUGGUACUAUUGGCGAGUAGAGCUGAAGCUCAAGACAUUUGAGAGCUUGUUGUUCUGGAAGGGCCUACUGGGGAUUGAGUCGGCGUAGGCCAGUGCCGCGGGGGGG